UAGUCAAAGGUGAUGCUUAACUGGUCCGUCAGGCCUUUUACAGUAAACCUUAUUCUUCUCAUAUACGGACUAUUUUAUAAACAAUGUGUCAGAUGGCUUGAUCUAUUAGUUUAGUGUUCGAACUUCUUGUGUCAGACUUAACCUGAAGAGGGCACUGUUAUUGGUGUCAUUGAGUACAGCCGAGUCCUGAUUAUAAAGAUGGGUGAAAAAAAUAAAGAUCUGUUUCUAGAUUUUAAAUUUAUUUUAAGUACACAAAACCCACAUAUUUCUACCUACAGUUAUCGGUAGCUAGAAAUCCCUAUACAUAUUUUACAUUUGAAAGUUUGCCCCUAUGUUUUUUGCUGUUCUGUCUUCAGUGACAUUCUGUUACAAGGGGAUUUAAUAAAGAGGCUAAAUUCCCUCAAUUCACAUACAUAGGGAAGGUUAGAGAAUAUACAAAUGAAUUGAGAUAAAGUUGCUGUGUACUGUGUUGUGUGUGAAAAUCGCAGGAGUAUCUUAAAAUGCUGAAACCAGCCCAAUUAGCACCUACAACUAUACCAUGGUUAAAUCCAAUAAGACCCUCUUCUGAUGUUUGAUGUGAACAUUAAGUGAAGUGCUUGAUUAUACACAGAUCAGCCAUAACACUAAACCCACAGGAACAGAUCUGACCCGUUGAGGUAUAGACUCCACAAGACCUCUAAAGGUGUGCUGUUGGUAUCUGGCACCUUUAAGUCCUGUUAGUUGUGAAGCACAGCCUCUUUGUAUUGGACUUGUUUGCCCGGUGCGGCCCAUAGACUGAGAUCUGGGAAAUUUGGAGAGAAUUUUUGCAGUGUGGCAAGAGGCAUUAUCCUGCUUAAAGAGGCCUCUGCCAUUAGGGAAUACUGUUGCCAUGAAAGGGUGCACUUGGUCUGCAACAUUAUUUGUCAGUGGUCAGUGGUCAUGCUGCCCCAUACACAGCAGUGUAUUCUGACUGCUUUCUAUUAUAGCCAGCAUUCACUUUUUUAGCAAUUCAUGCUACAGUAGCUCUUCCACAGCAUUGGAUCUGGUAGGCUAGCCUUCACUUCCCAUGCAAAUCAAUGAGCCUUAAGCACCCAUGACCCUGUUGCAAGUUCACUUGUCCUUACCUGGACCACUUUUGGCAGGUAUUAACCCCUGCGUAGCAGGGCCUGACAUUUUGGAGAUCUUCUGACUAAGUCAUCUAGCCAACACAAUUUGGCUCUUGUCAGAGUUGCUCAGAUUCUUACACUUGGCCAUUUUUCCUGCUUCUAACACACAAAUUGCAAGAACAGACUGUUCACUUGCUGCCUGAUAUUUCCCACCUCUUGACAGGUGCUAUUAUAACGAGAUAAUCAAUGUCACUGUAACUGGCAGUGGUUUUAAUGCUAUGGCUGAUGGGUGUAUAUGUAUAGACAUAUUGGUAAUUGUUCAGGCUUAGACUUCCAGGUAGUCUGUCAGUUUUGGUCUAUACUGAUGACUACAGAGUGAAGUAAGUGUGCCACUGUGUAUAACACAGUCCUCCAUUCUGUUACUACUGUUAUGAGUCACUCUGACUUGUUGUCUUUCUUAAUGAUCAGGAUUUAAUUACAGGGUUUGCGAUAUUCUUGAUGAUAAAAUGUAAAGCAUAUUACACCUUUUAGUGACCUCACUGUGCUUUUUAUUUGUGAAAGAGUUUAUCAGAUUGAGACAAAUCAAUCAUCUGCAAGACGCCCUGUCCUCAAAUCCCUGUUUAAUAAGAAUAAUGUGUGACCACAGAUUAUUCACAGGUGCUAACAGGAUCCUAAUGCGUAGCUAUAACCAAGUAAGACGUGGAAACUAGAUUGAUUAAAGCCCUGGAACUAGAUCAUUAAAUCUUAUCCACGAGUUAGUAAGGCAUGAGAACUAGAUCAUUAAGACAUGGUGAUGAGAUAAUUGUCAUGGCCACAAGUUAGUAAGGCGUGAGAAUGAGAUAAUUAAGUGUUGCCACAUCUUAAUAAGGCACGGCCAUUGUGCGCACAAACCGGCCUUCGCGUAUACAACAACCAGGCAUAAUGACCACCUGCCUAAUAUUGUGUUGGUCCCCCUUUUGCUUCCAAAACAGCCCUGACCCGUCAUGCACUGUGUAUUCUGACACCUUUUUAUCAGAACCAGCAUUAACUUCUUCAGCAAUUUGAGCAACAGUAGCUCGUCUGUUGGAUCGGAUCACACGGGCCAGCCUUCACUCCUAAUGUGCAUCAAUCGUCACUUGUCUGCAGCUGCCAUGGAGAGCUCGUCUGUGUACAUGUGUUUCCCAUGCUACCGGGAGUUUCCCACAUUAGAGGAAGUGCUGACACACCAGCUAACCUGCACUGCUGAGAACACACAACCUCUGUCUGUUGGCACUGCUAUAGAGGCUGCUGCCAUCUCUGCUGGUCUACCACAGCUGGAAGCUCACUCAGUGUAUGUUCCUGAGGUUCUGAGUGAAAGGAAACCUGUACCCUCCUCAGAUGUGCCACGUGUCCUCUACCAGUGUGCCGACUGUGAGCUCCUAUUUGAUGCACUCUUGCUGUGGCAGCAGCACCGAAAGCUUGGCUGUUGUCUAGAGACUGGACCUGGACCUGGACUUGAACCUGAACCUGAAGAUGGAACUGAACCUGAACCUGUACCCGGGGACGUGGCUGGCACUUUAGUGCCACAACCCGUCAGCCAGUUGGUCACAGAAGAGGGCGAAGUAGCCUAUAGUGAACAGCCAGCAGAGUUGGAGGUGGAAGACCAACACCAAGCGUGUGUGGAGACUUUUACUCCAGUGAACAAUGAAUUAACAGAGAUCAAUUCUGAAGGUUUCCCGGGCAGCAGUGAUCCCCCUGAGGAGCCUGCACCUCAGCUGCCUGAGUGCACUGAGCAGGAACCAGUGCCUGUGCAGGAACCAAGCCCGCAAGUGAGACGGAGAGGGCAGAAGAAGGCCAAGCCUCCCUCUAGCCUGCUGUGUGUGGAGUGCGGUCGCUGCUUCAGCUUGGCUUCAGAGCUGGUGACUCACCGGAAGACGGCGCACAACCUGAAGGAGGCCAUCCACCGGUGCAACGUGUGCGGCGAGGGCUUCCUCAACACCACGCUCUUUCUCUACCACCGCAAACAGCAUCGCAGUCAAACACUGGAAGAGGAGCAGAAAGAGUUGGAGGUGCCACAGCUCUCCACUGCCUUGCUGGAGGCCCCGGGAGAGGGUCUGCUCUUGCUUGCAACAGCCGGAGAAGGCCAGAGUCUGAUGGAGAUCACCAGCCUGGAGCAGACAGUAUCCGAUGCUGUUCCCAUUUCUCAAGUGGAGGUGGAGCUCGAUCCUGAGAUUAGAAGCGAGGUCAUGCAAUCAAGCGGAGACGAACCUGUGCCUCAGGCAGUCGAAAGGGAACAAAUAGAGGAGACAGAAGUCGAGGGGAUUGUCAGCAUGGAAGAGGAGGAAGUUGAAGGCAGAGCUGAGCCCAUGGAUGAGGAAGUAGUCGAAGAGAAACAAGUGGAAACUGAGACCAGCUGUGAUGUGGAUAUGGCGCAGACAGAUGAGGCAGCAUCUUCAGUGCUUUCCACCCACCAGAAUUUCCUGUGUAGUCAGUGUGGAUGCUCUUUUAAUGCCGAGGACGAGUUAGCAAAGCACCGCAGCAGUGAGCACGGCCUAGCGGAGGCGCUGCACAGUUGUGCAGAAUGCGGCCUAGAGUUUAUGAACACCACGCAGUUUCUGUACCAUCGAAGAGAACAUCGCAAGAACAUACCCUCUCCGUCUUCUAGGCUGAACGCCACGCUCACCUCUCUGGCCAGACAUCCUCCUCUGUCCCCUGCCCUUUUCCUUCGACGGCCAGACAACUCGAGCGAAACAACGCUUCACGAUGCCACACUCGAGGCCACCGCCAAGCUGAGCCGCGAUUGGUCACGCACACCGCUUCCCCAUGAGUGCCCGCACUGCGGUCAGGGCUUCACGCGGCGCAGCCUCCUGCGUGAACAUGUCUUCCAGCACACCGGCGAGAAGCUGUUCAACUGCAACGUGUGCAACAAGAGUUUCCCAACUCCCGCUGGCCUGCUGCGCCACAGCCUGUGCCACGGUCCACCACGCUCCUUCACCUGCCCCGUCUGUACCAAGACCUUCUCUCAGCCUGCCUCGCUCAAACGCCACAUGCUCACCCACGAGGAGGGCACAGAGAAGAGAGGCCAGGGGCGAAGCAGAGUGCGUGGACGUUCUCCUGGAGACUCCUGUCUGCUCACCUGCCCUGACUGUCCAGCCAGCUUCAAGCUGGACUCACAACUUCAGCUGCACAGGCUGUUGCACACUAGUCACCCUUUCCCAUGCACUGUGUGUGGACAAGCGUUCCAGCGGCGGAAAGAGCUCGACCUGCACUCUCUCAUUCACCAAGAUAAGGAACCUGUGGUGUGUGCUCAGUGUGGCUCUCAAUUCCUGAACCAGGCCGUGUUAGAUGUGCACAUGCAGCGCUGCACUGGAGAACCUACUCAGCGGCGCCGUUACAAAGGUCAUGGGCGUGGCCGAGUCGGGGGUCAGCUCGAGUGCGAUAUGUGCGGCCACCGCUGUGUGACGCAGGACGGUCUGGAUCUACACCGGCUCUCGCACACGGGCCAGACGCCACUACGCUGCCCUCUGACGCCCUGCAGGAAAAGAUUCGCCUCCAGCUCCUCCCUGGCACAGCACGUGGUGGCGCACUGCCGCGCACCGCUGUCCAAGAGGAACACCCCUCGCCGCUUCACGUGCAAUUUCUGCUCCAAGGAGUUUGCCUACGCCUCCACCUUCGCUGUGCACAUGCGCACACACACAGACGAGAGGCCCUUUGAGUGCACUCAGUGUGGGAAGCGUUUUCGGCAGCUUCCCCACCUGCAGGACCACGAGCGUAUCCAUAGUGGCGAGCGGCCUUUUGUGUGUUGGGUCUGCGGGAAGAGCUUUAGCGUGGCAGCGCGGUUAGCCGAGCACGCCCGGGUGCACAGUGGUGAGCGCCCUUUUGCUUGCCCUCGUUGCCCCACUGCCUUCCGCUCGCGCCCCAAUCUCCACAAACACCUCCGCCUGCACGCUGGUGACCUCAGUGACCCCAUUACCGAAGCCACAGCAGACCAGGACUCGGCCGUGCAGACCAUCCUUCUGGUGCAGGAAGCCGCCUCACCUACGUCCUCCCUGGCCACGGCGUCUACCUCCACCGCUGUCCCCAUCAUUCAGGAGGGCACGCUGAUGCCUGAGCAGCACGGUGCCUCUGUGGUGUUCCUCCAUAACAACAUCGCAAUGCCUGCAGUUACCAUGCCCGCCAUAUCAGUGGUGGCCGGCCAAGAAGUCCCGCACACCAUCGAGUUCAUUAUAGAGGAGACUGUGUAGAGAGAGGAAGGAGGGGGUGAAGGGAAUGGAAUGGAAAGGAGACAGAGAGAGAUUGGAGGAAUUUGUGAAAUGGCUUCAGAGAUGGGCACAGAGAUAACUUGAGGCUAUCUAGUCACGAAAGAGAAGGAAAGAGAAUGAGCUGAGGUUAAAACCUUACAGGAUAAAAACCUUUCUUUCUGUACGUGUAGAAAAGAAAAUGUUAGCUGAUCCUCGGCUUAAAUAGCUGUUACUUUUUUGGGACUAGCAGACCCAGAACUCAUCGACUACACUGAAAUUAUAAGGAGGAAAAUCGAGCAUGGCAUUUAUGAUCUUGUAUAUAUUUGCACCACUCUGUCCUCAAUUGAGUUCAUCAUUAUUACCUUUGGCAUGAGUUGCUCAUAAAGUUUAUAGUGUGUGUUUUUAAUAAAACUAUUUGGCUUC